AUGGAUGGCAAGCCAGCUUUCUGUGGCAGCGUUGGGGUGAAGACGGAAGUGGUUUUCAGGUCUUCCAGUGCCCACAUGUUUCUUCUGAUCGAAGUGAGUGCGGAUUUGUUUCAAUAUGGGCUGAUGGGUUUGCCUUACUGGCAAAUCCUGCUGGAUUGCCUAGGCCAGUGCAUUGAGCGGGUUUGUGUGGCGUCCGGCAAGCGCAUGAGUCACUACAUCCGCGUGCUGCUCUUCGCCCGGCGCAAGCCGACAGAGGGCGGCUGCGGAGCCGCGAAACGCAGCACCUCGGCCACGCGGAAGGACUUCAGCGCCUAUGGGCCGCCAGAGAAUCACCAGGACUAUUACGAUGUGAUUUUUGAGGGCUAUGCCUCUGCCAUGCCGUCCCCACAAGAACUGCGCAGCCGGGUGUCGCAGAUCUUCCUGACACUCUUAGAGGAAGAAGAGAAAUACAAGCGAGACCCAGCGGCAUGGGUGCAGCGACAGGCUUCGCAGUCGCAGGAUGUCGAGGCCAGCCCCUGGGGAAGGAUGAGGGCAGGCGAACUGGUUGAGUCGGAGCAAGGCAAUCUCCUGGAGUGUUUGAAUCUGGCCUUGAAUCAUUUUGAUCAACACCACUUGGAUCGGCUUUUGAAAGCCAGCGGUCAGGUGGUGGUCAUCAUGACUGCUGGCUGCGGCCUCAUCCGAACGAGAACCAAAGAGCUUUAUCUGUUGACCAACCGACGAUGCAUCGCCGCCGGGCACACGUCCUUCCGGCUAGUGGGAGUCAAAGAUCCCCCAUGGCAUCGGGUGCCAUGGGUGCAGUGGCCAGGAGGCCCCACAUUGCAAGACUUGGUGGUACCAACUCAGCCACCCGAAUGGGAAGGAGACAUGCGUUUGUCGCCCUUCCCCUCGUGGUUGUCCUACAUUCCCUACCAGGAGGCGGUAUUCUGCCCGUGUUUGGACAACAAAGACUGGGUGAAGGCUGGCUUCCUGCCGCUCUUGGACUCGCCUCCGAGCGGUUGCACCGUGCCGGUGCCACUUUGGAGUCAUGGCAUUUGCACGGUGGAGGAACAGCCAAAGCGAGCGGUGCAGGAACUUCCAGAGCUUUCGCCCAAGUCCAUGCCAAGCUUCCCCGGCAACGGGCCUGCGCUAAGAUCUUUCCGCAUCUCUUCUAACCAGAAGACCUGGGAUGAGAUAAGGCUUCCUCGUUUGAGAGCCCACCUGAGCAAAUCCAAAAAGGGAUGCGACUGCUACGCACCAGUGACUUGGCCAAUGAUGGAGCUUUGA